GAUUCCCAACGAAGAAGAACCGUAUCCGGUGACGGCUGAAGUACUGCAGCAGACCAGCAACGUAAACGCUCAACUCAUUUCUGUACUUAGUGAAUUAAACUAUCCAAGGCCAAAUGGAUAUAACUGAACAGAUCGCGCAGUUAGAGGCAGAUUUUGUGGAGCUGGGGUCACUCUUGGAGAAGUCAGAAAGAAAAAGAGUGCAGGAGGUGCUAAAGCGGGAGCAGAAGACGGUGGAAAAGGAGCUCGCAGUUAAACGACAACAAAAAGAGAAACAAGCCAGGAGAGAGGCCGACCCAUCUGCUGCCUCUAAAGCAGCAUACACAGUCAAGAUCAACAACUACGCCUGGGACCAGUCGGAGAAAUUCAUCAAAAUAUACCUUACAUUGAAAGAUGUGCAUACAAUUGCAUCAGAAAAUGUUGAGGUCAACUUUACAGAAAGGUCUUUUUCUGUGUUGGUGAAGGAUCUUGAUGGGAAAAACCAUCAGAUGACAAUCCUCAACCUGUUAUAUCCAAUCAAUGAAAAGGAGAGUUAUAAAAAGAUAAAAACAGACAUGGUCCUGAUCAUGUGCAAGAAGCAGACAACGAAGAAGUGGGACUGUCUAACAACGGUGGAAAAGCAGUUAAAAGACAAAGAUAAACCCAGCGUUGAGGAGAAUGCCGACCCCAGCGAUGGUCUGAUGACCAUGUUAAAGAAGAUUUACUCUGAUGGAGAUGACGAGAUGAAGAGAACCAUCAACAAAGCCUGGUCAGAGUCUCAGGAGAAGAAAAUUCGAGGAGAGGACAUGAUGGACCUCUAGACUCCACUUGCUGCGUGUCCUCAGCCUCAACAAGUGAGAGCUGACAGGGAUGCAUUUCACCCGACUUUCAUAUUAAAUGUUACAAGUCCAAUAUGUAAAUCAUAUUCUCACAAAAUCUUGAAUUUCAGUGUACAGCUCAUGAUACAUAGUGGGGAUUAAUAUCUAUCUACCGGGAAGGUUUAAUUCUGGCCCUGCUUUUACAAAUAAAUAAUGCAUAAAGCGAUAAAUACUAUUGAACGCCUGUACAAACAUAAGGACAGUGUCCACCUGAUGACAAAAACAGAAGUGCAGCAUUUAUCUUUGUUGAGUAAUGUCACAUGACUGUGUUAAAAGACCAAAAUGCAGUUGUUUCUCUUGAGUUUAGGUCUGUUAGGAAGUCCUUGUUAAAAACAGGCCGCUGUUGAAUAAAUACAUCAGACGUGUUCUGUAAAGUCACAUCUUCGUUUUGUCCUGUUGCAGCUGAACUGAGCUGAAGAUGUGUACAUUUGCCAACGUCAUGAAGUAAGACAACCAGACUCCUUUUGCUCUCUUCGUAGUAGUUUGACAUUCCACAAACGGCUCUAGUUACAGCUGCAAAGAGAGUCCUGCUCAUGUCUCAGUCCAGUGUCUAAACGGACAUUACUACGUAGCUCUGUAUGUAUUUACUCAUUCCUGUUCUAUAGUGAAAUGCUGUAAAACACUUUGCAUUUUCUUUGUAUUGACAUCUGACCACUAUAUUUCCAGUAGCACUGUUCCAAUUGCCUCUUUCCCUCCAGCAUUGGUGAAUUUCUAUAAUGUGUGUUUCAAUUCUGCCGAUUAUUUUUACCUCUGCUUCUGUUUUACAUGUAUUGUUGCCCGCUCUCAGGUUGUUCAUGAAGUUCUCCCAAAUAUAAAUCUUGAUUUGAGUCUG